AUGGAAAACUUUCAUGAGUCCUUCAUUGACGGAAGCCCGAAACCGACCUCUAAUGAGACAAUUGGUGUCGCAAAACCAAGUGAAACUUUGGCAAACGAACAACAUAAGGCAUUGACGGAGCUGUUUGCGAAAAAUGCCAAUUCACCAAUAUCAGUGGGUGCUGUUGUUGCUGAAAACUCACAGUCCAUUCGAGCUGGUACUUUGCAGAAAUAUUUUGACGCUACCAUCCUACAAGCCGUUAAUUUCCAUGAACUUUGCGAGCAGGCUGAUAUACUGAAUCAAAAACUCAUACAACAUGGUUUGGUAGAACAAGUCUCACAAUCGCUCGAUAGCAGAGGAAUAUAUUCAUUACCUUUGGCAAAUAUGCAGUAUCCCAGUAUGAUUUAUUCCGGAGAAGCGAUUCCGAAGGAUAUUCCAGUUAUUGAUAUUGUUUCUCGCUUGCAGCUAGUACCGAUUAAAAGAUUCAUUGCUAAAACCGGAACAAAUAUUGGUAACAAUGAAGGUGAUGGGUAUCUGGAAUUUCAACUUCGUAAUAUGUUCGGUGCCGGCGAAAGUUUGAAACUGGAUUUUACAAAGGGCACAAAGACACAUUCAUCCUAUGUGCUAAACUAUAACCAGCCAGUGACAGCAUGGUGGAUUUGGGAUUCUAUGCUAUUCAAGAAUAAUUUGACUGGCUUAUUAAUCAAUGGAUUCAGAACAAAUCUCAGAAGUGGUUUCGUGGGCUCCUCAGCUUUUAACCACGAGCUAUCUUACGCAACUGAAUGGAGGAAAUCUAAAGUCGCAUCCUUAAAUGCGUCUGAUACAUUGUUAUUUCAGGCAGGUGAUGAUUUAAAAUGUUCAUUGGGUCACACUGUCGUUCUUGAUAAAAGGGACAAUCCAGUCUCUCCCUCAAAAGGAGGCUUCAUGAAGCUAUAUAAUGAGCUCGCACUGGGGAAAUUUUGGAAAUCUCAGAUUGAAUUAUCACAAAACAUAAGUUGGCUAAAAAAUGACUUCAUAACAGUAUCUUGCACUACGAAAGCUGGCUACAUUAAAAAUUUGAAACCAGAUACAAACUCACUAAAAACCUAUGAUAAAUUUCAGAAUGGUGGCGCCAAUGAUAUCCGUAGUUUUACAGUGAAGGGACUGGGUCCGAAGGAUCUUUUCGAUUCAAUUGGCGGUGACGCUUUUGUCGCUUAUGGUGUUAGUUUAUUCAGCCGGUUGCCAAUCAAAAGGUGGGCGCACUCAAAUUUUAGACUACAUUGGUUUUUGAAUGGCGGAAAAUUAAUAAAUCAUAAUAACGCAUCACUGUACACACUAAUUAAUGAACUUUCGUCGCAACAUUCUCUUUCAACAGGUGUGGGCAUUGUAUUGAGACAUCCCGUUGCGAGAUUCGAGUUAAAUUUCACACUUCCUUUAGCAUGCCACACAGGAGAUGCUGUAAGAAAAGGGUUUCAAUAUGGUAUUGGAAUCUCAUUUUUGUAA